UCAGAGAAUAGUGUCAGUUGGUUCAUUUAUUGAGUUCCAUAGAACAUGGAUCAGACUUAACAGAAAAAUAAAAUAAAUUGGUAGAUUCCAUACAUAAUUUAGAACAUUAAAUGCUAUCAACAGUCCACUUUUCUCACUUAGGUACGUGAAGAUUUAGAGUUCCUAAACAUUAGGCUAUAGUACGUGGUUACUUACAUUGUAGAUGUCAGAUGGUUUUAUAUGAUAAAGAAUUAAUGUGAAACAGUGUGUGUGUGAUAAUAACUGAGGAAAGUUUUAACAUAACAGAAGUCAUUGAGAAAACAGGAGGUUCUUAACAAAUCACCAUGGCGACCAGAAUCCAGACAAAUAGCUUUGCUGCUAUUGCGAUCCAAUUAAUGAUGAAUGUAUGGUUGAUUUCAAGUGUUUUGUCCAAUUGCCAGUUUCCUGACUUUAUAAAUCACCAAGAUGUUUGGACACGAAAAAAUGGCGAAGGAGCUACUUUAACAGCGUACAUCAAACCACACAUGAUAACAGCGAAGUACUGUCCAUAUGUUGGAUCUGCUUGUCAACAUUAUGUCCAACAUUGUGUGGAAAAACGAGAUGACAACCAAUACAUCGUUAAACACGAGAUUCGUUCGACUGGUUUUUCUCCUCCUCGUUAUCUCUGUAUACAGUUUAUCUUCCGGUCGCCGACAGUCCUACAGAUGAAAGAAUCCGAAAAGUUCGAUAAACCCUCUGCGGAGUUAUGUAAUAAUAUUGUUUUGAAUAAUUGGCCUCUGUUUUCAACUUCACUCGGAACAGCCCCAGCAAUUGCUUGUCCGUUCUCAGGUGGGUACAAUAUGCGCAUAAGCUCAAACGGUCACGAGUUGUGUUCGAAUAAAAUGCUCAGUCCGAGAAUUGAGAGUGAAUGCGAGGCAGGAGACGGAAUAUCAGUCGACUUCAAACACAAAGAGUGUAUCCAUGAAAAUUUAAAAAGCAUGAGAAUGAGAUUGAGACAACACAUUGAUUGCAUGGCCACGUGGACUGAUCGGAAUUACCAGUUUGUCAUUUUGCGACCAGAUUCGGACCAUGCUCUUUGUUUACGUAUUAAGAAACCAUUAUCUAACAUCAGACAUGCAUAUCUUUUUAUGGAUUUAGUGUGUGAUCCAGGAAACUCUGUCGGUCAGCCUGAGGACUCUCAAAAUUUUCUGUCUAUUGAAUUUGAAAGAAAAUAUAUCCAUUCAGUAUGUGAAAACGAAUUUGAAGGUUGUUCGGAUGAACGAUUUUGCGACUCUGAUAUGAAAUCUCAUUGUAAACUCACAUGUGGACCGUGUCGCUCUGACGACAUAUGUGCAUUUCCAGAAUACCUCAGACGUGUUUGGAGUAUUUACGACCGGAAAUAUGCCCAGACAAAUAAAAUGCGGUAUGUGAACAUUACAAAUUAUGAAAUAGAUUUCCCGGAUGUUGGUAAAUUUCAGUGUUUGUUCAAUAAUGUCACUGCUAAACACCGAUCCAUUUUAUUACACACGUUUGAUAACGGUUGUUAUCCAAAGUUCACAUGCAUGGAAACGUAUUACUCAUCUGAUACCGUUCGUCAAUUUAGACUCGGAAGGCGCAUUAAUUGGCCAGUGUAUGACUUGUCACGUGUCAAGAGCCAGGCAUGUAAAUCUAUAAUGUUUAAGAAAGAUUACCAAAUUGGUGAUAGCAGUGAAAAAUUCAAAAUUCCAAAAAUAACGGUAAUCGAUGCAGGUUAUACAUCAAGUCAAAACUGUAAACUAGACUAUGAGUUUCGGAAUCACACUAAUGGACUUUACUUCCGGGAAGGGAAUAAAUGUGAUGGUUGUUUGUACCACGACAAUAUAAUAAAUCCAGAAUCUUUCGAAGUGAGAACAAUAAACUGUCCUUCAUCGUUGAAUUAUUUAGAAUAUGUAUGUAUGGCAUCUUUUAAAUUUGAUAACGAGACUACCGCCGUAGUUACAGGUACCCGGAUUAGAGGUCAAGUUACAUACAGACAAUUUUUAUGUUGGGUUUUUACUGGGACCGGUGAAAAGAGAAAAGUUGUUGUAUUUGAUGCUGCCGAUUGCAAUGAAGUUCAAUUACAACUAACAUUAGCCGGGGAUGUUGUUCCAAAAAGUAUGUUUGACGUAAUGGAAAAACCGCCAAAACUCUGUCCUCGUCCACUAGAUGACGAUCCACAACCAGAUAUACCAAUAUUUCCACUAGACACGAAUUCGGUAACGGCAUCACCUGUCAAAAAGAAGCCACUUAAUGGGUACAAACUAACAACUGAUAUUAUAAAAGGACCCCCAGCUCCAAACAAACCUGUUAAGACAGAUCGACAGAAUGCCGAUUCAUCCGCAUCAUCAUCAUUACAACAGUCACUUUUACACACUAUUAUUUGCUUAUUCGUGCUGUUACGAACAUUAUGCACUACAUAAACAUACAUAACGUCACAUCACAGUACAACAGUAGAAAGUGGUGAUUCUAUGUGGAUUAAGACAAUACAUGUAUCAAAUAGUUUAUGUUCACAUGUUUUAAUGUGUUCUAAAUUUUAAACUUGUAAACAUCAUACAAGAGCGAGGGAAUCCAUCUCGUACUGUUGCUGGAAACCUGGUUGAAAUCCGCACACAACACGCUAGAUGGAGAUGGUUGGUUGUGCGCAAGUGUCUGAUAAGAGAAACUGUUUGCAUCUUAAUAUUUCAUCUAACAUAAGUGGAAUGUCAAAGAAAAGAACAUUUUGAUAACAAGAUUGUAAACAGAUAUGCAAAACUUCUAGUUUAAUUGUACUUGCUGAAACCUUGUCAUUGCUUGCCACUUUUUAGACACUUGAAUGUAAGACAAAAGGUUAUCGACUUUGUAUGUGGAAUUUUUAUUUGCUCAAAUAGGAUCUCGUUAGUAAACCGUAGUGUCUUUGUAAUCAUAAUUUGUCAUAUGUGUUUCAUGAAAUCCUAUGAGCCCCAGAAGAAGACAUUAUACUGCAGUUCGAAAAGAGAAACUAAUGUACACAUAUGAUACAAGAGUAUCCAGAGAAACUAAUGUACACAUAUGAUACAAGAGUAUCCAGAGAAACUAAUGUACACAUAUGAUACAAGAGUAUCCAGAGAAACUAAUGUACACAUAUGAUACAAGAGUAUCCAGAGAAACUAAUGUACACAUAUGAUACAAGAGUAUCCAGAGAAACUAAUGUACACAUAUGAUACAAGAGUAUCCAGAGAAACUAAUGUACACAUAUGAUACAAGAGUAUCCAGUGUCAAAACAUAUUUGCACACAUUUUCUGUUCGGAAUUUUUCUGAAAUUGGUCAUACCAUUACGUAUACAAGAUAUGAUACAAUGAAUAGAAUAUGGUUUCAUAUCAAAUUACAUGUGCUUUUGUAGUUUAGAUAAAACAAAAUGUAUGAAACCUUAUCAAUUCCUCAACCCACCAUUAUAUCACGACAAGGUGGAAAUUCUUAAGCAACAUAUAUAUUGUAACCUUGGAUGUCAUUUUCAAGUUAAUGCUAAUUGUAUCGUAUGAAAUGCGUUGUGUCUUAAUGAUAAUGACACUUUAGAAAGACAGGUUAUAUUAACUUCAUAUUAGCAUGACCCAGUCAUGAAGUCCAAAGGAAUUUGAAUGCAUUCGAUGGGUACAACUGACAAUGACAUCUGCUCUGAACAUCAGUUCGAACUAAUUAUUGUUUUCGUUUUGGUUUAUACGUUCAUUACGAUGCCAGAGUUGCAUAAAACAAUAUAUAUAGGUUAAGCUUUGUUUUGUUAAACAUUUCAAAGUGUAUUAUUUCUAGAGACUAAUGAAGCUUUUCUUUGUUAUUAAGUAGAAGUUUUAAAAUUUUAAUAUUGUUAUUUGUAUAUAAAACUUUUCGUUUCACUAAUUCAUUGUGAUGAAGAAAUUAUUCCAUUGUUGCUCAAUGUACAUAAUUUGAUAUACUGUAAAUAGGUCGUAUUUUUAUACUUCAUAGAAUAGCAAAAAUAUUCCAAUUACUGCAUGUAACAUUUUUAAUGAGAUAUGUCACGCACAGACAUUGUUUUAUUUUACUUUUUGUGUUUAUUGAAAGAUUUAAUACAUUUGGAUGUAUUGUUUUGAUUAUACAGAAAUAUGACUUGCACAGUGCAUUUCAUCAUUCAUUAAUUCAUAUUUUUAAAUAAUCACUGUUGAUACAAACACUGAGUUACAACUAAAAAAAUCAGAUUCAUGUUCAUCAAAAUUCUCCAGUUGUAACUUUGGCACUAUCUAAAAUUCUUCAAAAGCUUGAAUAAUGACAUUGGGCCUUGUAGGGGUCAAUUGAAAUUUUCGAUCUCGUUUUGUUCCAUUAAAGAUAACUGUUCACUAUUGGUUAUUCCUGGGUUAAUUGUUAACUAUUGGUUACUCCUGGACUGACUGUUUACUAUUGGUGGUUCCCCGUCUAUUUUAUAUGUACAUCUUCGAUCUAGCCAACCAUCCAUCGAAUUAUUUCAUUAUUCAUAUUUUUUUAACAUAUUGCUUUGUUAUUUUUUUUGUCACAUUAUGUCAUUUAAAUAUAAAGUUGUUUUUUAUGUGUUUUAGUGUAGUCAUAAUCCCGAAAACACGUCUGGUAUUUCAUACUGUUAUAGAAUCUGCAGUCCAAAUAUUGCAGUAUAUGUGAAGUUAACUUUUUCUGUAAUUAAAUUCAUUCGAAAUUGAUUACGUCUAUAAUAAGAGAUGUCUGUCUAAAAGAGAGCGUGCAUAAAGAAACUGUUCGUGACAAAAAAGACAUAUUGUUUAUCAGUCAUUCUAUGUAAUUUGUACUUUUAUUGUUUUCUGUAUUCUCUAUAGUAUGGUUGGAUUUAAUUUCAUUACUGACAUUGUGUUUUUUAAUUUACCAUGUAUGUACUACAGCUGUGGUUUUCUGGAGAACGUUGUCUAGCAGGAUGAAUAUGUUUCUGCUUGUAAAUUGUUUUAUUUAGAAAUUGACAGCUUACAGAACAAACUAUAACAUAUGAAAAUAAACUCAUCAUAGAUACCAGGACUAAAUUUAGUAUACGUCAAACGCGCGUUUCGUCUACAAAAGACUUAUCAGUGACGCUCGAAUCCAAAAAUGUUAAAAAGGACAAAUAAAGUACGAAGUUGAAGAGCAAUGAGGACCAAAAUUCUUAAAAGUUUUGCCAAAUACAGCUAAGGUAAUCUAUGCCUAAGGUAGAAAAGCCUUAGUAUUUCUAAAAAAUCAAAAAUUUGUGAACAGUAGUUUUAUAAAUAUAACCAUAUCAUCGUCAAUUCAUGUCAGCACAAAAAGUGCUGACUACUGGGCUUGUGAUAAUAUGCCUAUAUAUGGUAUUUUUUUUGUUUUGGUUAAAAACAGAUUCGAAAAAUCUCCCAUUGUCCUAUUCUGUAUUUCAGCUUUUGCCAGGUUGAUAAAAUUAUCCUUAUUUUUUCAAGUUCAUGGCCAUCAUUUGCUCAUACCGACCGUUAAAAUUUGUAUAUUCCGUAGGCUAACUGGAUAUUUUAGAUAAUAAUAAUGCACAUAGUAUCCAAAAAUAUCAAAUAACAAAGAUGUGAACAGUUACUGUACGUCCUUAUAUAAUACGUUACAACUAAUAUCAAGAAUAACAUUUGCUAUCAAAACAAUCUUCGGAAGUAAACUCAUCAAAGACACCAGGACUAAAUUUUGUAUAUACGCCAGACGCGUUUUUCGUCCACAAAAGACUCAUCAGUGACGCUCGAAUCCAAAAUUUUUUAAAAGGGCCAAAUAAAGUACGAAGUUGAAGAGCAAUGAGGACCAAAAUUCCUAAAAGUUUUGCCAAAUACAGCUUAGGUAAUGUAUGCAUGAGGUAGAAAAGCCUUAGAAUUUCAAAAACUUUAAAAUUUUAUAAACAAUUGAUUUAUAAAAAAAAUAACCAUAUCAAGUCAAGCAGUAUUACUGACUACUGUAAACCAACUUAUUUUCGCGAAUACUGUAUUUCGCGAUUUCCCCUUUUUAGUUGACUUUGUGGCUAUUUAAUGUCACGAUUUGAGGUAGUUUGAUGAGGAAAGAUCCAAGUUGUACCUAUUCGCAACGAUUUGUUUUCGUGUUAUUUUUCUACUCACGAAAGUCGCGAAAAUACGUUGGUUAAAAGUAUUUUAUCCAUUUGUCAUGUCUAAGACAUUGUAAACUUGUUUCUCAUCAAUGUUAUACAUUCGCAUUUUGCAAGGUCUUUAACAUUCAUAUACUGUGAGACGAGAGUACAACUAACCGAGUAAUGAGCAGUUUUGGCUGUGCACUAUUCCUAAACAUGUUGAUAUUACUUUUGCUUCCUUGUGUUAUAUUAUUCAUGUAGUUUUAAUUGUUUACAUUGUAAUUAUUGUUUACACUGUGUAUUUAAAAUUGACAUUUAUUAUUAAACUGUUUUUAAAUAAAGA